CCUCAGUCCGUUCCCGACACGCUGGCAACAGGGAGCAUUUCUGUACUUUGAGCAAUUCUGUACUUUGAGGGAGCGAUUCUGCAAGAUGAGUAAGAAAACUAAAGCGGAUCGGAAGAAAAAGUGCCCGGGUUGCGGACAACCCACAGCUCUACAUGAGAAAGGGAAGGCCAACAAACACUGUCCCGGCCUGGAGAUCGACCCGUCCGACGACUCGGACGCUGGCUCGGAGACGACGCCGGGGAGCCCUACUCCAACUCUCCCCGCUACCUUACAGGACACGAUGGACUCCCUCCAAAAGAAGAAGGAAGAACUGCAGAAGAUGUUGGACCUAAAGCGACCUAAAGUUCCUUUCUCAGCACUCGGUAGUACAGGGAAUGGCUACCCCCUACGAGAAGAGAAGUCUCAGGCCGUGCAACCAGAAACUCCCAGAAACUGA